CUUCUAUAUAUUCUUCCUGCUUUAUCAAAUGUUCGUAGCUCCGCUGCUAUUGUUUUAGAUUAACAGUAUGAUAGUGUGGCUCUCACAUUGCCGAUCAAGUUACACACCCCAUCACUAGUGGAUUAAUGUCACAGCUUGUGAUGGUAAUGACCCAUUUGUCUUCUAGUAUAGGAAAGUUCUGGCAACCACCAUCAUAAUUUGACUGGUCCUCCAUGUUAGUCUACUUAACUCAUAAAAUUCAUUGCAUUACAAAGUGCCGAUACUUAUUCCAUUUGAGCCUGGAACCAUCUCAAAUUCCUUCAUCCAUGGAUUCAUCCAGAAUUUCACUUCGUCCUUUCAAACUCUCCGAUGCUGAUGACUUCCUGAAAUGGGCAAGUGAUGACAGAGUAACACGCUAUCUGAGAUGGAACACCAUAACCUCUGGAGAAGAAGCCUUGACAUAUAUUGAGAAGGUUUGUAUUCCUCACCCAUGGCGUCAGUCCAUAUGUUUGGAUGACCAUUGCAUAGGAUAUGUUUCUGUCAAGCCCGAACGGGGCGAUGAUUCGUGCAGGGCACAUGUUAGCUAUGCUUUGUCUGCAGAUUUCUGGGGGCAAGGGAUUGUCACAUUGGCAUUGAAGAUGGCCAUAUCUAGGGUCUUCAAAGAGUUCCUAUUUCUGGUGAGGAUUGAGGCUUUGGUUGAGGUUGAGAAUAUGGGAUCUCAAAGGGUUUUAGAGAAGGUUGGGUUUGUGAAAGAAGGGUUGUUAAGGAAGUAUGGAUAUUGCAAAGGUGAGAUUAGAGAUAUGAUUAUGUAUAGUUUCUUAUCCACAGAUAAGAUUAUGUGACUGAUGGUUCUUGGUGUUUUGGUCGAUGCAUUUGAGCUUUAACUAGUGUCAUAUUUCAACAGAUAUGAUUCUCUUUUUAUACAUGAUUUUAGCAAUUAUGUUUAUGAGAAAAUGUAAUAUUGAAAAACAGUAAUCUAACAAUGUAAUAAAAUAUGCAUUGGGAGGAUCGAAUCUACUCUACGUCUGUGUUGCAAUUGCCCUAGCCUUUCACUAGGGCAGUCCUUGGUUCAUGUAUUGCUUUAGCUCAAGUGUGCUUUACCAGUGAGUCAAACGAUAUGGGAGUGCUGGAAUGGAUUCAGUUUUGCUCCAGUAGGUUAGCUCCUUCUCAUUUUGAUCUGUUGAUGUUCUUAUUAUGGGGUGUGUGGAAAGAAAGGAACACCAGGGUUUGGGAAAAUAAGUCAAAGAGGGUUAGUGAUGUAGUUUUGAUGGCUACCUCUAGACUCCAAGAAUACAUUUACCAUAACAAAUGUUGGUGGUGGCAGAAGGAAUGCAGGUGAGGUGCGUUGGCAAAGUCCCCCAAUUGGAUGUGUUAAACUAAAUAUAGAUGGAGCAUUUAUGCUUGCUUCGGGGGUCAGGGAGUAUUGGAAUGGUACUACGUGACAAUACCGGUCAGUUUCUUGCUGCAAAGGGAAGACCAGUGAUGGGAUUAAUGUCAGCUGAACAUGCCGAACUCUUAGCGUGCAAGGAGGCUCUUGAGUUCAUCUUAGAACGAUCUCUACAACCUGCAAUUGUAGAGACUGACUCCUUGGUUAUAAAGCAGCAACUUUCUCAUGCAUGCUGGUGUCAAUCUCUCUAGGCUGGGAAGAAUUUAUGAAGACUUGGGAGUACUGUUGGAGACUCUGCCUAAUGUCAAGAUAGUGCAUACAAGGAGGAAUGCAAACAAAUCAGCUCAUCUUGUGGCUGCAAAGGCUUCUACUACAAGCCAAAAUCUUUUUUACUCUUCUGUACCUUCUUUUCUUCAUGAUGUUAUUAAUCAUGAACCUUGUAAUCACUAGUUAAUUUCUUUCAAUGGUUGACACCAUUUAUCUAAAAAAA